AUGGCGCUUGAUCAACAGCGUCAGGCGUACCUGGGUGACCACCUGCACCUGGAGGUGGUCGCCGCGGGCGAAGCACGAGGGACCGCCGGCGGCGGAGAGCGGCCGAGAUUUGGGAGCGAAGGCGGCGGAGCGCGGUCGAGGGGGUGGGAGCGGGGGAGAUUUGGGAGCAACGGCGGCAGAGAGAGGGGGAGCGCGAGGGAGCCGGCGAGUGGAGGGAGCAACGACGGCGGAGAGCAGGCGAGAGCGCGGGUGCGGGCGAGCGGCGGGAGCGACGGCGGCGGGGAGCGGGCGAGAUCUGGGAGCGCCGGCGCCGGAGAGCAGGUGACAGCGCGGGAGCGGGCGAGCGGCGGGAGCGCCGGCGGCGGAGAGCGGGCGAGAGCGUGGGAGCGGGCAAGCGGCGGCAGCGACGGUGGCGGAGAGCGGGCGAGAUCUGGGAGCGCCGGCCGCGGAGAGCGGGCGACAGCGCGGGAGCGGGCCAGCGACGGGAGCGACGACGUCGGGGAGCGGGCCAGAUCUGGGACUGAUGGCGGCGGAGAGCGGGCGAGAGCGCAGGCGCUGCUGAGCGGCGGGAGCGACGACGGCGGAUCGGGGGCGAGAGCUAGCGACCGGGCGAGAGGGAGGCGACUGGAUAAGGACGGCAGGCGAUAG